CCAACUAGUACUCACUCACCUAUCAAAACUAAUUAUUUUCCAAGACCGAUUUAACCCCAAAAACAUGCCUAUUUACAGAAUUACUAUCGGAACUCCCACUGAGGCCAGCCACCCUGAUACACUCAAAGCCGGCUUAGCCGAAUUCAUUUCGAUCCUCGUUUUUGUAUUCGCUGGUCAAGGGUCCGGCAUGGCUUACAGUAAAUUGACUUAUGGUGCACCAAACACACCGGAAGGACUAGUGGCAGCGGCACUAGGCCAUGCAUUCGCCUUGUUUGUGGCGGUGUCGAUUAGCGCAAACAUAUCCGGUGGUCACGUUAAUCCGGCUGUCACAUUCGCCUCGUUCGUAGGUGGCAAUAUAUCAUUUUUUAGUGCCGUUGUGUACUGGAUCGGUCAAUUAGCGGGGUCCAUUGUUGCGUGUUUGCUCCUCCAGUACGCCACUGGCGGGAUGGAAACUACCGCGUUUGGGUUAUCGACGGAUGUUUCAACCAGAAACGCACUUGUAUUCGAGAUCGUGAUGACGUUUGGCUUAGUUUACACAGUGUACGCCACGGCAGUGGAUCCAAAGAAGGGUAAUAUCGGAAUCGUUGCACCUUUGGCGAUUGGUUUGAUUGUGGGUGCCAACAUUUUAGCUGGUGGUGCGUUUGAUGGUGCAUCGAUGAACCCAGCGGUCUGCUUCGGUCCAGCCGUGGUGAGCUGGACAUGGAACCAUCACUGGGUCUAUUGGGUUGGUCCGUUUGUUGGUGCAACCAUUGCAACCCUUAUAUAUGACAAUAUCUUCAUAGGUGAACCGGAUCAGAUACCUGUGACGGAUUAUUGAUCAUUUGUUUUCAAAGUUUAAUAUUUUGAUUAUGAAGGAGAACAUGUAGUGAAAUUGAUUUUGCCUAUUUUGGAGAUUAGGUUGAGGUUUUACAAUUGGUUUUAGAGGAUUAAAGAACAUAUCUU